AAAGAAUGAAUAAGAACAAUGAACAUUAUUGGUCAAGAGUUUCUUAUCUACCGGUUCGAUUUAGAUAAAGUGAUAAGAACAUCUGCAACAAUCUACGUCGUCAAACUUGUUAAAAAUGAGAUGAACGUGUUAGUUGCUAUAUUUAUCACGCUACAACCAGUCUUCGCUACCCAAGACCCAUCCAAGGUAUCUGCGCAAGAAAUCUGGAGCGAAUUCAAAAAAAAUAUCCUACUCGCUGGGUUAGUCAUAGCGAGUAUUUCAGCGGCCAUUAUUUUUGGAACUUUGAUGGUCUGUUUGUACAAGUACAUUCAAAGCAAACAGACACCGCGGUCGGAUGAUUCAAAUCAGGAGGUUGCAAGCAACGAUUCGAAUCAGGAGAGAGUGAGCUACGAUUCAAGGAGUGGUUCGGUAGAUUUGCAGUUCAAUCAAAACAUGUGA